AUGCUUCAAACAUCUACUGCUUUUCUUAGUAUUCUGGUGAAAAACAACAGAGUGAUUUGUCUGAAGGAUGAAUACCAAUGGAAGGGGCCCUUCUACUUCAUCCAAGGAGCAGAUCCUCAGUUUGGACUGAUGAAAGCUUGGGCAGUUGGAGACACUAACAAUGGAGAUGAUGAAUGGGGAGAAGAAAUCAAAUUAUCAGAACAAGCAGUGCAGGCCAUUAACAAACUAAGCCCUAAGCCCAAGUUCUUUGUGUUGUGCGGAGACCUUAUCCAUGGAAUGCCAGGAACUCAAUGGAGACAGAGCCAAGAGCAAGAUUUAAAGAACGUUCUGAAGAACACUGCCCAGGACAUCCCGCUGGUGUUUGUCAGUGGGAAUCACGAUAUUGGCAAUACCCCAACAAGAGAAACGAUAGACAAUUACUGCAGGAGCUGGGGUGAUGACUACUUCAGCUUCUGGGUCGGAGGCGUUUUCUUUCUCGUGCUGAACUCUCAGUUGUUCUUCGAUUCUUCCCAGUGCCCUGAGUUAAAGCGAGCCCAGGAUGUGUGGCUCAAUGAGCAACUGGCUGUUGCUGAAAAACAGAAAUGCAAGCAUGCAGUAGUAUUUCAGCACAUCCCUCUGUUUCUGAGAAACUCUGAUGAAGACCACGAUUAUUUCAACUUGGAGAAAUCAGUUCGUCAAGAGAUACUGGAAAAGUUCCAUAAAGCAGGCAUUAAAGCCGUAUUUUCUGGACAUUACCAUAGGAACGCUGGCGGGUCCUACAGAGGACUGGAAAUGGUGGUUUCAUCAGCAAUAGGAUGUCAGCUGGGAGAAGAUACACAUGGGGUUCGAGUGGUAGUUGUCACAGAUGAAAAGAUUGUUCAUAGGUACUACAGUUUAGAUGAACUGAGCAGCCAAGGCGUAGAGAAAGAGCUCCUAGAUAUGCUUGCUAAGCAGAGUUAGUCUCUGUCAAAUU